AUGUCUGAUUCUGCAAAAUCCACUCCAAUUAACGACGAAGCUACUCGAUUUCAAUCCGCCAUGGGUAUGGACUCUCUUGUUGUCAACGCCAUUCCCCUUUCAAGUAUACCACCUAUUAGUCCUGCUAAAAGGGUGAAGAAAACAUCGAAGAAGGAGAAGACAUCACAUGUGAGCCUCAACUCUUCAUCUCCCUCUGCUUCGAUUAAGAAAAAGAAGAGCAAGAAAUCGAAAUCUGAAACGAAGAGGAGUUUCACAAUGUCUGAACUACAUAUUGAUCCACUUCCAUUGAGUGGUACUGCUACUCCUAUCAUUAAUCUUACUGAAGAAAAUGUUGACGCAUCUGGUAAGAAUUCUCUUAAUCAAAACCUUAAUGUUCCAAAUUCUGCUGAAACCCUAGGUUUAAAGGACCCUGCUACCAAUAAUGUUGUUGCUGCCGAGUCUCUCAAGAAAACAGGUCAUGAGACUCAUGCUGCGUCAAGUGUUGUGACACCUGACGCUGAGCCAAAUGUUGUGCCAGAUGUUACCACAUCUUUGGCAACAGAAAAUCUUGUGGACUAUUAUGAGUCUGAUGAGAGUCCCAAACCUAAGUCUGCUGGUGAGGAGAUUGCUGCUGAUAAGGAUGUUAAUGAAAAUCCUGAUGUUAUAAUUGUAAAUGAAACCACUGUUAGUGAUAAGUCUGUUCCUACAAAUUCUGAUGUUAGUGUGGCUAGAAGGACUAGAAGCAGGGCUGGUAAAGGUAUAAAAACUGCUAACACACCUGUCCAAAGGCCCAAAUCAUCUAGGGCUGGAAAAGGUACUGGUAGAAAGCCCCUAUAUGGACCUCCAAAACCUGAUAGUAAGGUGGUUCCUAGAACUGAGGAAAAGGGAAAAGCUAAGAAAAGGAAAGCUCCACCAACUAGUGACUCUGAGAGGUUGGCUCUAGAGAGGAAUCUGAAGGAAGACAUCCUCCAAUGCCAAAGUGUUGUUGAAGCUAUUGAAUAUGCAGCAAGUCCUAAAUAUAGGCAAGUUUUUGUUCGUGGGAAGUGUGUCAAAUUCUCACCAACUGUUAUUAGCCAAUAUCUGCAAAGAAAUUCUGAAGAGGUGGCUGAUAUAAAGGUUACAGACAAUGAGGUCUGCAAGGUCCUCACAGCUGGUGAUGUGGCCAGAGGUUUAGGCAAAUUCAUUUAUGCUGUGGGUACUAAGGAAAAAUUUGAUUAUGGGUCCUAUUUCUUUCAUGAAACAUUAAGCCAUGCUAUGACCUAUGCUGUUGAGAAGCCAGUAGCCCUUCCCACUCUGUUAUGUAAUAUCAUCCUUGAGCAGCAUCCAGAUAUUCUGAGGAGUCCUGAUAUUCCUUGUAAAAGGAAAGGAUUGCUGACCAUUGAGCAAAGGCUGCUUGAAGGGACAAAUGUUGCAGCAGGUGUUGGCUCAUCUGUCCAGGCUGGCGUACUCUCUAGGAAGUAG